AUGCAUCUCCAAGGCACAAAUACCUAUCUCGUUGGAACUGGCAAGUCGCGUAUCCUGAUCGAUACAGCUCAGAAAAAUUGCAAAUUGGCUAAUCAAUACCAAAAGGGCCUCCCUGUCUGGAUAAACCGCAUAUCAUCGUUUCUAUAUACACACAAGAUUGAGCUUUCCUACGUUCUCCUUACCCAUUGGCACGGGGACCACACCGGCGGUGUCCCAGACUUGAUUUCAAGAAACUCUUCCCUAGCAGACAAAAUAUACAAAAAUCGCCCUGACUCAGGCCAAAAUCCAAUCACACAUGGGCAAAUUUUUUCCGUGGACGGCGCAACCGUGCGUGCAAUCUUUACACCCGGUCACUCAGUAGAUCAUAUGUGCUUUCUGUUGGAGGAAGAAAACGCCCUUUUCACGGGGGAUAAUGUUCUAGGUCAUGGCUUCAGCGUUGCUCAGGAUUUAGGACGUUAUAUGGAUAGCCUAAGGGAUAUGGCUUCACUGGGCUGCAGAAUUGGAUAUCCGGCACAUGGGGCUGUGAUAGAAUACCUACCAGGGAAGCUAGAGGAAUACAUACAGCAUAGAGAGGGGCGGGAGCGGAUGAUGUUAUCCGCACUGACAAGGCAACGGGUCCGAGGUGAAGGAGUGCGGGAAGAAGGGGUCAAAUGUGGGCUAACGCUGAAUGAAAUUGUGAUGGCAAUAUAUGGGAAACUACCACCGGAGGUAAUUGAGAAGGCUUUGGCGCCUUCAUUACUUCAGGUGUUAUGGAAAUUAACGGAAGAUCGGAUGGUGGGGUUUAAGCCGGGGGAUCCUCUCAAGCGACAAUGGUUUGCAUUAGAACAGAGAAAACGAAAUAAGGUACGUGGAUGUCCUAGUUAA